CGCCCCCUCCAGCCGCUCUCAUGCGACAGCGGCAGCCCCCGUCCGGCCCGGCCCGGCCCCGCUCUCUGCCCCCGGCUCCAGCCCGCCCCUCGCCCCGCCCGUGCGGCUCCCCUCCCCCUCCCGCGGGGGUGUCUCACUUGUGCCAUUUAAUUCCCGGGACCCAAAAUGGAGGCUGCGCUGGGGCCUGGUGGGCUCCUGCUGCUCUUCCUCGUCCUGGCGCUGCUCGGCCCCGCGGCUCCGCAGUUCCUCAGCCAGAUCACAGACGCAGGUCCGGGCAGCAGAAUUCGGCUUGCAUGCGGCCAUGGAGAACAUCAGAGUUAAUGUUACUAUGUUGAAAACCAGUGAGGAAUCUCAAGAAGCACAGGUUGUCUUUAAUAUCACCUACAAUAGUGGACAGAUAUAUGUAAAUGACUUUCCUAUGAAGAGAGGUGUUACCCGGAUUAAGUGUCAAACUUUAAUAUUGGAAACUAGAAACUCUGAUAACCUAUUGGAUCAAAGGCAUUGGGGAAUUGUCAGUGUUCGCAUCAUGUUUCGUGAGUGGCCCUUGGCAUCCAGAUCAAAUUUGCUGUUGAUUGUCAUUCAGGAAGAGGUGACAGAAAUCGAUGGGAGAGAGGUUCAGCAAGAGGAGGUUACUGAAAUAAACAUAUUAAUUAAGGGCCUGAGAGUACUUAGACAUUCAAACCAUACUGUUCCUCUGAAGGAAAGCAUGCUGUAUUCCAUCCCCAGGGAAAAUGACAUGUUGUUUACACUUCCCAAUCUCUCAGGAAAAGUAGAUGUUCAAGGCCCACUGCAACCAACCAGUCACUACCUCCUCAGGCAAGUAGAAACUACAGUAGAUGAAGAGACAUUACCUGGCAAGUUACCAGAGACUCCUCUCAGGACAGAGCCUCCAUCAUCUUAUAAGGAGAACAUCAGAGUUAAUGUUACUAUGUUGAAAACCAGUGAGGAAUCUCAAGAAGCACAGGUUGUCUUUAAUAUCACCUACAAUAGUGGACAGAUAUAUGUAAAUGACUUUCCUAUGAAGAGAGGUGUUACCCGGAUUAAGUGUCAAACUUUAAUAUUGGAAACUAGAAACUCUGAUAACCUAUUGGAUCAAAGGCAUUGGGGAAUUGUCAGUGUUCGCAUCAUGUUUCGUGAGUGGCCCUUGGCAUCCAGAUCAAAUUUGCUGUUGAUUGUCAUUCAGGAAGAGGUGACAGAAAUCGAUGGGAGAGAGGUUCAGCAAGAGGAGGUUACUGAAAUAAACAUAUUAAUUAAGGGCCUGAGAGUACUUAGACAUUCAAACCAUACUGUUCCUCUGAAGGAAAGCAUGCUGUAUUCCAUCCCCAGGGAAAAUGACAUGUUGUUUACACUUCCCAAUCUCUCAGGAAAAGUAGAUGUUCAAGGCCCACUGCAACCAACCAGUCACUACCUCCUCAGGCAAGUAGAAACUACAGUAGAUGAAGAGACAUUACCUGGCAAGUUACCAGAGACUCCUCUCAGGACAGAGCCUCCAUCAUCUUAUAAGGUGAUGUGCCAGUGGGUGGAAUACUUGAGAAAAGAGCUGUGCGGGUUCUGGCUUAAAUCUUUUCCUGUGUUCUUUAAGCUGAUGGAAGUCAUUGGGACUGGAGUUGUAGGAGCAGCUCUAGUUUUAGGAAUCUUAAAAGUGCUUUUCCCUUCCUGCGAACACAAAGGAGUCCUGCACCUGGAGGAUAUCAACACUACACCUGGGCUUGUGAUAAACAUCUCUUCAGAUAUUCCAGAGAAGACAGACAAUUUAGUGGAGAAAUGAUGUACUCAAUACUAUGUUCACAUCUGAAUCUUUGUACAAAUCUUCAGUGGACCUGAAAUUUGGCACUUGAACUUUAAUACCUUAUUUGAUUCCUAUUCUGAAAAUAGUAUAUCAACUGAUUUAUGUUUAAAGGGAUACUUCAAGGUGGAGGCCUAAAAUGAUCUCCCCUCUUUCCACAGCCUCUUGCUCCCAAGGAACAACAGCUUCCCAUUAUGAGGGUUGUGACAGGUUUUAACUUCUUUAAAAUACUCUU